UUCAGCAUGCAUGGAAGGCAGCUUUGUACAUGUCACUUCAUCCCUCGUUCUUUCCGUUGCAACCCUGAUCAUUGCGGUGCUUUGCAAUCUCGUCAGGCAUCGCAGCCCAAGCAAGUGGCCGGUGAUUACCAAGGAGUCCGUUCUCCGCCUCCUGGGCAUUCGACUAGGCGACAUACCGACGACCGUCAUCCUAGACAGCGCCGUCGCGGUGGACGCGCUCGUCCGCCGCGCCGACGCCUUCUCCGACCGCCCCGCCGGCGGCGGCGCCACCACCAUCAUUUCCAACGGCCGGCUGCAGAUCAUCACCACCGUGCCGUACGGGCCGCACUGGGUCGCGCUCCGCCGGAACCUCAGCUCCGAGGCGUUCCACCCCGUCCGAGGGCUCGCUCGCGCGGCGCCCCACCGCGCGCGGGCGCUCGCCGCGCUCGUCGAUGACAUCGCAGCGCGCUCCGCAGACGGCGGCGGCGCCGUGCCCGUCCGGGAGUGCCUGUACGCCGCGCUGUUCGCGCUGAACGCGGCCACGUGCUUCGGCGACGGCGUGGACGGCGAGCUCGUCGAGGCCAUGCGCGCCGCGCAACAGGAGUUCCUCCGAAUCCUCCCCAGCUUCCGCGUGUUCGCCACGUUCCGGAAGGUCGCGAGGCUGCUGUACCGCGAUAGAUGGAAACAGCUGGUCCACUCUCGCCGGAGGCAGGAAGAGAUGUAUCUCCCGUUGAUCAGAGCACGCCAGGAGAGGCGAGGCACGACGACGACGUUGGCGUACGUGGACACUCUCCUGGACCUCGAGGUCCCCGACGAAGGCGACCCGCGCCGGCGGCGGAAGCUCUCCGACGGCGAGAUGGUGGGGCUCGUGUCGGAGUACCUCGGCGCGGCGACGGGGACGGUCCUCGCCCUGCUGGAGUGGACGCUGGCGAACCUCGUGCUGCGGCCGGGCAUCCAGAGCCGGCUGCGGCGCGAGGUCGAGGCGGCCGGCGGCGGGGCGUGCGCGUACCUGCGGGCGGUGGUGAUGGAGUCGCUGCGGCGGCACCCGCCGGUGCCUUCGGUGCAGCGUCACAUGAGCCGCGACGUGGUGGUCGGCGGCACGCCGGUCACGCGGGGCACCCUGGUCAACUUCUCCCUGGAGGAAAUCGGCAGAGAUGGCAAGAUAUGGACGUCUCCUGAAGAGUUCAUUCCGGACCGGUUCAUGCCCGGCGGGGAAGGGGAAAGCGUGCGGCUGACCAUCGGCGGGGGCAAGGAGGCAGCGAAGGUGAUGAUGAUGCCGUUUGGGGCCGGCCGGAGGAUAUGCCCUGGGAUGGGGUUUAUCCAGACAGACACCUCGCUGGUGGGGUGCGAUUUGUCAUCGCUUGAGGUGAUGGUUGGUAACCCCCUCGGGCCGGACGGCGUUUUGGGCCGCAUCUACAUUACUACUAAAUAA